AGGCCUUAUUUUAUUCUUUCCCUUCGCCCGUCGCUCUGGGGAGACCGGCCGGGUAUCCCGCGGCGCACCACGAACUCUUCUUUCUUCGCCGUCGCCCCACCGCUACCGCUCGGACUACCACCACCGCUCCACACCUCCCGUCGCGCCGCCGAGCGACGGCGGCAUCCGCCUCCUCCGGUCCGUCCCGCCACCCGCGCCGUCUCGCCUCUGCCCUGCCUCCCUCCGUCGUUCCUGGCCGCCGGGCUUCUUCUCCGUCGUCGGCGACGCGCGUGAGAAGGAAGGAGGAGCCGCAGCACGUGGAUCCAGGGCAGCGGCGUCCGUCCCGCGUGAGAAGAGAGAAGGAACCGAAAGAUGAUUAAUCUUUUCAAAAUAAAGGGUCAAAAGAAAGAAGAGGCAGCAAGUGCUGCUGGAAAGGCCCCGGUUAAGAAACAGUCUGCUGGGGAGCUCCGUCUUCAUAAAGAUAUUAGUGAGCUCAACCUGCCGAAGACCACAUCAAUUUCUUUUCCCAAUGGCAAGGAUGAUCUUAUGAAUUUUGAGAUCAUCAUCCGACCUGAUGAAGGAUACUACAUGGGAGGCACUUUUGUUUUCACCUUUCAAGUGUCCCCAUCUUAUCCUCAUGAUCCUCCAAAGGUCAAAUGCAAGACCAAGGUGUACCAUCCAAAUAUUGAUUUGGAAGGCAAUGUCUGUCUGAACAUUCUGCGCGAAGAUUGGAAGCCUGUUCUCAACAUCAACACUGUUAUUUAUGGCCUGAAUCUUCUUUUUACGCAACCAAACGACGAGGAUCCUUUGAACCAUGAAGCUGCAGUUGUCCUUCGUGACAACCCAAAGAUGUUUGAGGCAAAUGUGAAAAGAGCCAUGGCUGGAGGCUACGUAGGCCAACACUAUUUCCAAAGAUGUGCUUGACUUGAUGUGAUGGCUUCAAAACGAUUUCAGUGGCGCCUUAUGCCAUCGGGCCCCUGUAUCAGCACCAGGGCGCCCAGCUUUGCUGGAUUUGUGUGGUUUUAGUGCGCGGAAAAGUGCUUCUGGAAGCAAAGUCCAAAUAGUUCAUGGUGUGAUACUGUGACGUAUCUGUUUGCCCGUCUUUGUGAUGUGUUUAAAACCGGUAAAGUAAAUUUGGUGAUAUGGUAGUGGCACAUAUGACAAGCAAAUGCUUCUCAAAACUGUAUCACUCGAUAAAUCCUAAACGGGGAAUGGGAAGUGGAUUAUAUAAAGAAGAAUUGCUUCUUUUCCAGACGAACAAAACGAUUGAUGAGGUGGUAUCUUUGAUUUUUGUA